ACGAACCUUCGAACGCCGAGUAGUUUUCGUCGGAACCCGGCGUAUAUCUGGAAAGCUUCUGGCGACUCCUCGGCUUGGUGGUGGGGUGGAGACUUGAGUGACAGGGUUUCCGUGUGAAUGGCCACGGCGCGGGUUUGAAGAAGACGGGAGGGCUUGAGGAAUACCAAUGCGCACGACGCAUUCUAUUCUCAGAAUGCCAACACUCGAUCCCGCAGCUUUGUCAAGCUCCUCGCGGCGUGGGAGCGCCUUAGGGCAUAUUGGCACGGGAGACUCCUAUCAGUUUCCACAAAACCUUAGUCGGCGGUCGUCUCUAACGGUAUCGCGAACAAGUCAGUCCUCGUCGCGGCGAGGUUCUCAUCAGAGCACCGGCGAUCUUCCAAUAGAUCCGAAGGAACUAGCGGCUAGGAGAUAUUCUAUGAAUUCGGACAGAGAUCCAGCGUUGGAUUUCGGCCCACGCACUUCGUUUGAUCAAUUACAACCUGGGCGUGGGGCUGGUAGGCCGUCAGAUAGAGCUGCGGCUGGUACCACGAGUUCCCUCAAAAUCUGGGACGUUGUUCUCCGCCGGCUUCGGAGUUGGCAAAUGAGUAACGAUCAUCUUGCAGAGCAAGGUAGAAACGAUUACUUUCAAUCAAAUACACGAUCCUCCUCAAUAGGGUCGCCCCCGUUUUCCCCAGUCGGCACACCCCUCGCGACGCCAGGAGGGACUGGUUCCUAUGGCACGUCGCACUACCACUCCGACCCCUUUUCUUUCGAUGAUACAACGUUAGUUACCGUCAUGGACGCCCAUCUGAAAGCAAUCGCAAACUCCUUUUCACCGAUAACACUGACAUUUCACGAUCCGGAUGUCGAAAGCACCUACGAACGAUACUUUUUGGAUCGGACUUUGUGCAUGUGGAGGAAAUCUGUCAUCAUCAGCAUGCUGGCUACGGCUGUUUUGGAGACAAUUUUGGUCGCGCUAUAUACGCAACCCAACGGAAUGACCACACCAUUAAAGGAUUUCAUCCUCGUUGGUGCCUUUGGGGUGUUACCCAUGGCCAUAAUUAUCGCCCUCGGGGCUUGGUUGCCACUCAGCAUUCUCGCCAAACACAUACAUACUCUUUCGCUUCUGGUCGUUUGGAUCAUCGGGCCGGUCAUCACCUGUGGACGCUACUUCAUCACAGACGAGCCACGCUACUCGGCAGCUUUCACGGCGCCGAUAUAUAUCUUUGAGCUGGUCGCAUGCGUAUUUUUCUUCCGGCUACGGUUUAUGCACACGCUUUUUGGAGUGUUUGUCGUCGCGGUACCGCUGUGGCUGGUGGUUGCCGCUAUCAGCCUCGUCAACGACCGUGUAGCAGGUGGAGGAACGGGACGACCGGAGCGGGAAUUCGCAUUCGCAUCGGUAGCAGUCUGUCUAGCAUCGUUGGUCAUCUGCUUCAUCGCGUACGACACCGAGCGCAACAUCCGGUUACAAUACUUAUCCGACCAGCGAUUCCUCUCAAUAAACGUGAAGCUCCGCAGGCAGCUGAAGGGUUUACAGAAGGGAUUCGAGAGCCGGAUAGCGGACUUGGAUUCACCGUUGGAAAAGGCGAUCUAUGGAUUGCGAGCGCUGAUGGGCAAUCCUAGUCUUGAUGCAGAGCAUUUGAAAUCUCUCACCAUGAUCAUGUCGUGUUUGAGUGUUCCAAAUCUUUUUGCACCCGAUUUGGACCAACAGGUGAAGCGCGGGCAGGUGGAGGUGGAUGAUGAACAGGAGAAAUGGUUGUUCACCCAGCUCGCACGGAGGAAAAACCUGAACGGAGAAUCAUCCUCAGCCGACACAUCACCACGAGAACAGACCGCCGCGAUCCUUAUACCAACCACAACCUCGCAGCCGCUCGAAAACGCCUCACCCUCCACCUCGGGCUUUGUCCCCGAACCCAUCAACAUCCAGGAAUACUACAGCGAAGAUACCCAGGAGCUGUUAGUGAAACUAAACGAAUACAACUUCCCGAUAUUUGCGUUCGAGGAAGCCUGCAGGAGUCGACCGCUACUUGUGAUGAGCCAUCAUUUGGUCGUUCGGAGUGGGCUUUUGGGGCGGCUGCAGUUGCCGGUUGACAAGUUUAUCAAUUUCAUGUCGGAGAUUGAGAAGGGUUACAACCCGCACUUGACGUUUCACAACUCCAUACACGCCACCGACGUCCUUCACUGCAUCCACUACCUCAUAUCCCUCCCGCGGUUACGAACAUGCUUCACGGACGUCGAAGUCCUCGCCUUCUACAUCGCCGCCGCCAUCCACGACUACGACCACCCGGGGGUAAACAACCACUUCCUUAUCGCCACCUCCGACCCGCGCGCCUUACUCUACAACGACAAAUCCGUCCUCGAGAACCACCACUGCGCAUCGGCGUUCCAGGUGAUGAGGAAACCCGAGUGCGAUUUUGCGGCGGGAAUGGUGCGGAAGGAGUACCGAGGGCUUCGGGAGGGGAUUGUGGAGAUGGUUUUGGCGACGGACUUGGCGCAGCAUUUUUCGUUGCUGGCUAUGUUUAAGAAGAAGGUUUUGACGAGUGGUGGGUUUGACCCGGUGUCGACCAGAGAAGACCGGACAUUGCUGAUGCAAAUGUUGAUGAAAUGCUCCGAUGUUUCGAACCCAACAAAAGCAUGGCCGAUCUACCACACCUGGAUCCAACGCAUCACAGAGGAGUUCUUCUGCCAAGGCGACCGAGAAAAAGCGCUCGGCUUACCAAUAAGCCCCUUCUGCAACCGCGACGGCGCAAAAGGCGCAGAUCCACGGAGUUCCCAAAAGAGUUUCAUAGAAUUUAUCGUCGCGCCACUCAUAGAAGCCGUCGGAGAAUGGGUAGAACUGGGCAUCAUCCGCGACGGGUUGGAGGAUAGCCGGAUACGUUUCGGCGGGGUGGGGAACCUCGCGAGUGGCGCAAACACGCCCACGAAAGGGAAUAACAACACGAUGCCGCCGUUGUCGCCGUUGAACGACCGGGCGGGGAUAGGCGGCGUUGCGCUGCGGAGGAAUAAGAGCGUACCUGAAGCGCUGGCCCACCUUACACCCGAGGCAUUAGCGGCACUCAACGGCGGGCCGAUAUCCACCAUGAACCACUCGGACCGCCGGCCGUCGCCAUUACACCACCAUCGCGGGCAGACCCCGCUACGGGCGCUGUUCUCCGACGUCACGCAUAGACGGCGGGAGAGUUGGGCGGGCAGUCUGGUCGGCGUGGGCGAGGCUGUCGUGGCCCGGUUCGCGAGACGCGGGAGCGCGGACGCUAUGGUGGGCCCACCCGCCGGGAACAGGUCCGGAUCACAGUCACUGCAAACGCUCAACGAACCGGAAGCCGGCAGCGCGGAAACGAGCCCAUGCACGACGACCUCGAACACCGAUUCGGAUGAGGAUUCGAAUACCUCUGAGCCGCUGGUCAUCGCCCCACCGCAACCUUCUGAUCGGGUGUAGAAAUCUCGCCCCCUACACACCCACCCGCAAGUGUAUUCCCUAGCCCCUCCCAUCACCCCUGUACCAUAUAGAUACUUCGAUUUUGAGCCCUCACGACUUGUAUUUAAACGUUGGCUCGCAUACA